CGGCGCAGUGGCAGUGCCGCGCUGCGUACGGCGCGUGAGGAGGGGCGCGUGGCGGUGACUGUGGGUGCCCGGUGAGAGGUGUCCGGAACAGUAUGUCGUCAAAUGAGUACAACAAUGGCCCGGACCAGGUGGUCCCCAGCGAGCAGCGCUACACGCACGUCAUCAAGGGCGCCGUCAAGACCAGGGUGCCGGACGACUUCGAAGCCAACACCAAGCCGGUCAGCGUGCCCAGCCUUCUCAGGACGACGGCCGAAAGAUGGCCGGACCGGAGCGCGCUCUGCGUGAAGCGGGACGGCCGCUGGCAGAGCACCACCUUCGGCGAGUACUACGAGCAGGUGCGCACGGCGGCCAGGGCCUUCAUCCAGCUGGGGCUGCAGCCGUUCGACGGCGUCGCCAUCAUGGGCUUCAACGCCCCCGAGUACUUCGUGGCCAACAUGGGCGCCAUUAUGGCUGGCGGCGUGUCGACCGGCAUGUACACGACCUCCUCUUCGGCGACGUGCCAGUUCUACCUGACCAACACCAACGUCACCAUGGUCGUGGUGGAGAACGACAAGUACCUGCAGCGGAUCCUCGAGGUCAAGGACAACUGCCCGCAGCUCAAGACCAUCGUGCAGUACACGGGCCGGCCGGCCGCCGCCGGUGUCCUUUCGUGGGAGGAGUUCAUGGCGUCCGGGGCCAGUUGCGAUGAGGCUCUGCUCGCCGAACGCCUGCGGGGCAUUGCGGUCAACCACUGCUGCUCCGUCAUCUACACGUCGGGCACGGUCGGCCAGCCCAAGGGCGUCAUGAUCAGCCACGACAUCUACACGUGGACGGCCGAGCACGGUGCCGCGUGCGCCAACUACCUGGACGGCGAGGACACCAUGGUGUCGUACCUGCCGCUGUGCCACGGCGCCGCACAGAUCGUCGAUAUGUACGCGUGCCUGCGCGCCGGCUGCACGGUCUACUUCGCCCAACCGGACGCCCUCAAGGGCUCUCUCAUAGCCACGCUCUGCGAGGUGAGGCCCACGCUGUUCCUGGGGGUGCCGCGCAUCUACGAGAAGAUGUACGAGAAGUUCAGCGCGGCGCUGUCGUCCGGCGGACUCAGAAUGACCCUGCUCAACUGGUGUCGGGCUCAGGCGUCCCACUACUGGAGCCUCAAGGAGAAAGACAUCGACACGCCGGUGCCGUGGAGCCUGACUGUGGCCGACCUGAUGCUGCGCAAGGUGCGCGAGAAGAUCGGUCUGGACCGCGUGCGGCACGCGGGCACCUCGGCCGCGCCCAUCUCGGCAGACGUGAUGGCGUUCGUCCAGAGUCUCAACAUCCCCAUAUUCGAGAUGUACGGACUGAGCGAGACCUGCGGCCCCUGCACCAUCAACAACCACAAGGGCUUCAAGCUGGGCAGCAUCGGGCGCGAGUUCAUCGGCUGCAAAGUCAAGAUCCUCGAUCCGGACGAGCAGGGGAACGGAGAGAUCCUGCACUGGGGCCGCAACAUCUUCAUGGGCUACUUGGGCCGUGAGGACGCCACGCGGGAGACGAUCGACGACGAUGAUUGGCUGAGGACUGGAGACGUGGGCCGGAUAGACUCGGACGGAUACGUCCACAUCACCGGCAGGAUCAAGGAGCUCCUGAUCACGGCGGCCGGGAAGAACAUUGCGCCGGUGGCCAUCGAGGAGGCCAUAAAGUCGGAGUUGCCCCUCGUCAGCAACUGCGUGGUGGUCGGUGACCGGCGCAAGUUCCUCAGCGCCCUCUUCACCCUCAAGGUGGAGAUGGACCCUGACACCGGUGAGGCCACUGACAAGCUGCAGCCAAUGGCUAGGGAGUGGCUGGCCGACCGAGGGGUGCAGGCCACCACUGCCUCUGGCGCGCUGAAAUCUCUGGACCAGUACCGGGCCGACAUUCAAAAGGGGGUGUCGGCCGCCAACGAGCGAGCCGAGUCGCACGCCUGCUGGGUUCAGAAGUGGCGCCUCCUGUCCGGCGAGUUCUCCAUACCGGGCGGCGAGCUCGGGCCCACGCUCAAGAUGCGCCGCAAGGUCAUUAUGGACAAGUACCGGACAGAGGUGGAGGAGCUCUACAGCGGCUGAGGCGGUCGCGGCCGGCGCUGGGGUCGUGGGGUGUCGCCCGUCCAUACUGGGGCGGCGCCUGUGCUGAGGUUGGUCUGUAACCGGGACUGACCUGUUCUAGGCUGACCUGUGACCUGGGCUGACCCGUGACCUGGGCUGACCCGCGACCAUGGCUGAUCUGUGACCGGGUCUGAUCUGUGCUGGGGCUGACCUGUGACCGGGGUUUACCUGUGACCGUUGAUGACCUGUGGCCGGGUCUGACCUGUGACAAUUGAUGACCUGUGACCUGGCCUGACCCGUGACCGGGGCUGACAUUCGUUGGGGCUGACCUUUGACCGGGCCUGACCCGUGACCAGGGCUGACCUGUGCUGGGGCCGACCUGUAACAGUUGAUGACCUGUGACCGGUCCUGACCUGUGGCUAGGCAUGGCCUGUGACCGGGUCUGACCUGUCCUGAGGCUGACCUGUGGCCGUCGAUGACCUGUGACCGGGGCCGACCUGUGACCGCGGCUGACCUGUGACCGGGGCUGACCUGUGACCGGGGCCGGCGGGGCAGGGGCUGAUGGUUGGCACUAGAGGGUCUCGUCGGUCCGCGCGGCGCGGAUCCUGUCCAGAUGAACGUUACGAGAUGAGGGGUCAGCCACAAGACAGCUCUUCUCGUGGCUAAUUCCGCCAUGUGGGGCAACUGCGUAAUGUCGGAAAGCGUGUAGUAAUGCAUGAACCAUAGUAGUAUAUUGAGUCAGGGGAGCGUUUAGGCUUUCUACAUGGGAGAAGAUUCGUAACCUAAAAGACGUACAGCAUAGCGCGUGAGACCAAUUAGUACAAAGAGCAUGACCGAAAACGGUUCUAGGUGCUUUGUGUGUUGUUUCAGUUGGUAACGAGAAGCAUGGGCUGAAUUAGCUUUCACGCCACAUUGAUGUGUUUCUUGAGCGGGAUCGGAUCUGUUAAACGCUGGACGGAAUUAAAAGUGAUGAGCGACGUAGAUAAGACAGCAUUAUUAGCCGUAUUUCUCGGAGAAAAAUCAGGCAGAAGUGUGCAUUUCUGCUACUGUUUCGAUAAAGGCACGCUGCCGAAAUAUCAACCCAACUGUAACUCCAUUUUCCUGAUUUUUCUCCGAGGAAUAAGGCGAAUACUACUGUCCUAUCCAUGUGAAAAGUGCUCCUCGCUAGUGCACUGAACAACUUACGUAAUGAGCAACGACACUAAAAUGCACCCAAAUGCAGUUAUUGGGCGCGGAUGCGUUUCGCAGUUACUUAAACGCAUGCCGGACUGAUCUUCUCCCGUGGUGAAAGUGCUUACACGCUUUCUCGCGAGGGUCUAUGGUAAGCUGAGGUAAAUGUAGAAUACAGACCGAUGUUUAGGGGGUAAUUGCUACCUAUUUUGCAAUACAUGACCAUAUUUAUU